ACGUGUGGCUCAUUCAACGCGGGAAAGAAAAAGCGAAAGAGAGGCGAAAGAGAGGCGACGAGGUGGAAGAAGGCUCGGCGGUGUUUGCGGAGGCUUCUUGGAGCAAGAUCGGUGGUUUUCCGGUAAGGUUUUCUCAGGUUUGUUCUCUUGGCUCGUCCUUUCUUCGUUUUAUGUUCUCGGUUGCUCGGUGAGGCUCCGCCUUGGGGAGUACCACCGAGGGUUGUACUUUCCGGCGAUCCUUGCCGUGGAUCUAGUGGAUUAGCCGGUUCCGUCCGGCCGAGAUGUAGGCCUGAGCAUUCAUGCUGGGGGCCGAACUCGUUAAAACUCUCGGUCUUCUUUCUUCUUGCGUUGAUCGGAGUAUCGGAGUGACUGAGUUUCUCGGUACGACAUUAACAGCUUCGUCUCUGUGAGGUUGAGUAUUGGAGGAAUGGAUGAUAAAGGCAGUAUCAAUCGGUUGCAGGAUGAUGAGAUUAUCUUGAUAAUGUCACUGCUGAAUACAAACGACGCAGUGGCCAUGAGCUUUGCCUUGUUAAAACGGUGGCCUCUGUGGGAGCGGGUUUCAAAACUCGUGUUUGACGAUAGAGAGAGUUUAUUGAAGCUUCUUGUCGAUGGGCAUUUGCGAUCACAUAACUCGGAAAACCCUGAUCACGAGAGGUUUUCCCGAUUUGUAGACGGGGCCUUGCGAUUAAACAAGGCUCCGGUUCUUGAAAGCUUCGAUCUCAGCGUCGGUCCGUCAAGUGGCGCCGAGGAUAUCCAAAGAUGGGUCCUGGCAGCUAUCCACCGAUCUGUUCAUGAGAUGAGAAUUUAUCGGCAUGAUUUUGAAUCGACAAUUGACUUACCAGGACAUAUCUUCACGUGCAAAACCCUCGUGGUCUUGAAACUCGUAAAUGGGAUUUGUCUGGAUGUUCCUUGUACGAUUCACUUACCGUCCCUGAAGACUUUACACCUUUCGUACAUUCUUUUCACAGACGAAGAAUCCUUUUCUAACCUCGUAUCUUGUAGCCCGGUUCUUGAAGAUCUGGAUGUGGAUACUCCCGAUAUCUUUUUAACCACUAUCACUAUUCGAGUGCCGUCUUUGAAGAAAUUGCGUAUUGUGACUUUCAAUCGUAUUGAGUGUUGGGUUCUCUAUGUUCCCGAGGUCGUGGAGGCGCAUGUUGGGGUCCUUCGAAUUUAUCUUGAGAAUUUUCUUGCUGCUCUUUCCUCAGUGAAGCGGCUUUCCUGGGAGUUAAUUUCAGAUCCAGAUUUAGUAGUUUUGUAUCCUACUGGUCGAUUCUUGAAUCAACUUGUGCAUCUGAAGCUGCAACUGGAUAUGGCUUACAGCUCGGAGAUACUCAUGUCUUUUCUUGAGCAUUCCCCUGGACUGCAGUCUCUCGAGAUAGUUCAGUGUGCUGCAGGUUACUCGCCCGAGAAGGAAUUAUUCUCGGAACCGGGUAAGGUUCCUGAAUCCUUGUUGUUCGGUCUCGAAACCAUCGUGUGGAAGAAAUACAGAGGGAUAGGAGCCGAGAUAGCAGUGGCGAGUUAUAUCUUGGAACACGCUGGACGUUUAAAGACAGCGACUUUCGAUACCUCUGCAUACGGCGAAUGGUUGCAGAAGAAGAUGAUCGAGGGCUUGCAAAGGUUGCCUCGGGGUUCACCAUUGUGUGAGCUGAAGGUGAUCAGGUAAAAUGUAACGUCAUGUGCGUUGGGUUUGGUCGGAAAACAGAGUUUUGGUGUAAAGCAGAGCGUUUACAGAUUUUGUGGCUGGCAAACCGAAACGUUCCACUCAAAUCUCUUUGUUUCUUCUUCUUCUUCUUAUAUCAUGUUGAUCUUCUUCGAUUGAACCUUCCCUCAAACGACAUGAUGUAGCUGUUCUUUGUU